GUUCUCAGAAAUACUUUUUCCGUCAUGAAGACUCGUCAUGGUGACGGUUUUUCACGGUUUGUUAGUUUUCUGUUCUGUGACAAACAAGCUGCGACAAGAGCUCAGUCAGCAAAACUACGAGACCCAUUAACCCUGUGUGAGUGUGGGUCUGUGAGUGUGUGUCUGAGAGUGUGAGUCUGAGAGAGCUGUAAAAAAAAAAACACAUUGAAAAUCUAAGCGAAAUUUGUAUCAAUUCUAAUUCCAAACAUCACACCUUCUCCAACAGUCUCUUAAAUUCAAUCGAGCUCCAUCAAAUCUCACAAACAUCAGGCCGAUAAAUAUGUCUGAUGUUUUUUUAUUAGAUGAGUGAUUCUCUGAGAAAUUUGUGAAAAUGUUUAAAAACGUUUUGUCUCAAAGUCAAAGAAAUAAAUCCUGGAUCUGCUCCUGAUGCAGUUUAACAAAGAUCAGUUCAGCUGCUGAGAAACAACCAGGACGGGGAUAAAAGACCUAAAGAUUAUAUACGUGUUCAGAAACGUCUGAGUGUGAAACUAUAUUCAAGUCACUAGAAGUAAUUAAACCACGUUUAUUGAUUUAGACUCUGAUCUUCUGAAAACAUCCUCGUCUGAUGCAUCAACUUCUCUAAAGUUUCCCAAAGACGUCACAGAUUCACUGUUUAUCCUAAUUUUACAUUUUGACUCUUAUGACAUUAUUCAUACUUUCACCUCCUCUGAGUUUCUUCCUCCUCAGUAAAAGAGCUGAUCUCAGCAGAGCAGCAGCUGAUCAUCAGAAGCUGAGAUGAUCCGAUCAGGUCGGAUCAUUAACUCUGUUGGUUUUACUAAGUGUUGAAGUCGCUCAAUCAGAAGAAAACAGUCACUUAUUCAGCUAAUGAUCUGUGACACACACACACACACACACACACACACAGAGCGGUGGGCGUGUCCAGGUGGAGGUGAUGGACUAUAAAAGCAGAGGAGACCUUCAGCUCUUCCUCACAUCCUCCUGAUCUCAGCUUCCCUCCUCCUCCUCCUCCUCUUCAUCGCAGACUCACCUCCUCCAGCUCGACAGGUAAAGUCUCCUCUUCUCUCAUCUUUCAUCCUCCUCCAUCUUCUCGUUCUUCACUCACGACCUGUUUCUGUUACUUCUCUACUUACUCCUCUAUCUUCACCUCCUCCACCUCCUCCCUCUCUGACUCCAGCUCGACAGGGAGACAUUAUUCCCUUUCUUCCUCCUCCAUCUUCUCCUUCAUCACUUCAUCCUUCUCAAUCACCCACUCUUCCUUCACCUUUCCUCCUCCUUUUUCACCACUUCUCUGUCUACACCUCCUCUUCCUCCAACUCACUUCCAUCUCCUCCUUUACCUCCUUCUCCUGGUCCAGCUGUCGUUUUCUCCUCCUUUUCCACUUCUUUAAAUGAUUAUAUGUCUUCACCUCCUCUCCUCCUCCUCCUCCUCUUCUCUUUCUCCUACAGUUUAUCUUCUUCUCCAUCACCUCCUCUUCCUCCACCUGAGCUGCAUGGUCUCAUUCUUUUCCUCCAUUAUAUCUAUACUUCUAUUUACACCUCUAUCUUCUCUUCUCCUCUUCUCCUCUUCCUCUCCCGACUCUAAGUGACUUUUUCUACUCCUCUUUCUACUUCUUCAUCUCCUCCUCCUUUUCUUGUGUUUCUUGUUCUUUCCCUAUGUUCUCACUCCAUUUUCAUCCUUUGCUUCUCCUCGUCUUCAGUUAUUUUCAGAUCCAUCGUCUCUUAAGGUAAAAAGAUUUCAUGUCAAAACUGAAAGCUGAUUUAGUUUAGAAAAAUAAUAUGUAUAAAAAAAGACUCAAGAUAAAGAAUCGGGUCUCAUUGUCGGACACUGCCAACGUUUAAAAAAUCUAUUUUUUCCAAGCUUUCAUUUUAAAAAUGAUAAGAUAAAAGCGUGUGUUUCAGCUUUCCUCCAAGAUGGCGGCGCUGUGGCUCCAGUCUGUCUCUCUGCUCGUCCUAAUGCUCGUGUCAUGGUCGGGCUCCCAGGCCGUGCUCCCCCCGCAGCACCUCUGCGGCGCUCACCUGGUCGACGCCCUCUACCUGGUCUGUGGCGAGAGAGGCUUCUUCUACACCCCCAAGAGAGACGUGGACCCUCUGCUGGGUUUCCUUCCUGCGAAGUCGGGCGGAGCUGCAGCGGGCGGCGAGAACGAGGUGGCCGAGUUCGCCUUCAAGGACCAGAUGGAGAUGAUGGUGAAGCGAGGCAUCGUGGAGCAGUGCUGCCACAAGCCCUGCAACAUCUUUGACCUGCAGAACUACUGCAACUGAACGCCGCUCAGCCUGGAAUCCGUUAGCCCCCCGACCCAUCACCCCCCUCACGCCCCGGCCCUUUGCAUCAGAGGAGCGGCACUGCUGUUGUGUCUCUGUCAAAUGA